AGCUCGAACGAAACGUCAAAAAUAAAAACAAAAACUGCGUCUCGUCGUCAGUCGGUUUGUGAAUUUUGGAUAUAAUUUGUUUGAUUCCUAUUAAAUCCAAUUUUUAAUCAACAAACAGCAAGAAUGGGCGACAACUUCGGAAUCCACCGCGGACCGCCUAGCAAGAAACAAUCAGCGGCUGCUGCUGCUUCUGGUGAAGGAAGUGAAGAUCGCACUCAGGGUCAAAUUCUGAGCGAUUUCCUAGUCCAGCUCGAGGAUUACACUCCCACGAUUCCGGAUGCGGUCACAUCUUACUACCUGAACAGCGCCGGAUUUGAAGCUUCCGAUCCGAGAAUUGUCCGUCUGAUCUCGAUCGCCGCCCAAAAGUUCAUCUCGGACGUGGCCAACGAUGCGCUGCAGCACUGUAAAACACGGACGAGCAACGCUCCCAGCUCGGGGCACGGAUCGUCCAAGAACCAGAACGCCAAGCUGUCCAAGGAUCGGAAGUACACGCUGACGAUGGAGGACCUGCAGCCGGCAUUGAACGAUUAUGGCAUUACGGUGCGCAAGGCGCACUAUUUUGUUUAAGGGUGGUGGCUGCUGGAUACGGGUACGGAUUUGACGAAUUCAUGUAAUGAGAGCAGAAUAAAAUAAAUCAUUGAUGUUUAUUUCAUGGAAUGAGA